AUGAAUGAUUAUGAUUUGAUACGAGAAGAUGCUGAGGCUGUGUCAGAGUUGGCAGUAUGGCCAGGGAAAAUUGAUCCAGCCAGCAAAAUUCUUCCGAAGGUCAAAGCCGCACUGACGAGGGCCUUGAAUAAAGAAUAUCGAACUUUGCCCUAUCCAACUGAUGACAUUGGGAAGACACGCAGGAAGGCUCAACAACCUGAUUAUGGUAUUGUUUCAGUGGUUUGA